CGACUGGCUCCCCAACGGCGCACACCUGUUCUUCUCUCCGAUUUCCAAGAUCUCGGGUGAUGAUGCGAUGUUGCAGUACGAGGUUACGAAGAAGCGAUGUACCGAGGCUGGACUUGAUUUCAUCGGAACAUUUACAGUCGGGAUGAGGGAGAUGCGUACGUUCCUUUUCUUUUUUUUUUUUUCUGGCGAACAAGUACUAACCACCAGUCCAGACCACAUCGUUUGCAUCGUCUUCGACCGCAAAUCCCCGGAAAUGAAGAAACGCGCACACUGGCUGAUCAAGACGCUCAUCGCCGACUGCGCCGAGCACGGCUGGGGCGAGUACCGCACGCACCUGGCGCUGAUGGACCAGAUCGCCGAGACGUACAACUGGAACCACAAUGCGCUGAUGCGGUUCAACGAGACGGUCAAGAAUGCGCUCGAUCCAAAGGGGAUUAUCGCGCCGGGGAAGAAUGGCGUUUGGCCGAAGAGUUAUGAUCGGAGGGUUUAUAAGUUGUGAUUGUGAUUGUGCAGUAAUUUGAGACUAGGUUAGGAAUACGUUUUAUGGUUUACUAGUAUGAGGAGUGUGAUUUGUAUGAGGUGGGUGGCUUGGUGAGAGCACCACCAGUCCAGGCGAUCUAGACCGCAUAAUAAGGGCAGUUGGUGGUCGGCAAUGCGCCCCCCGCGUUUCGCCCACCAAGUCACCUGCUUCGGGUUUUCCCCGCACUUUCAACCACUCUCGCCGUCAUCAGGUAUCAGUUAAAUUAAUCAGCUACAGCUCAGCUCGAUCCCUUUAAUCUUAAUCCCAACCUCAACAUCAAACAGACACUGCUCCAUCAUUCCAACUUCAUCCAGGGAGGCCACCCGUGGCUCCAGCUGGACCCCCACAGCCGCCCACAAUGACUUCGACGUCGACCUCCCUCCUCACCCUCCCCAACGACAUCCUCCUCCUAAUCGCCGAAGCCACGACGCGAGAAUGCGACCUCAACGCCCUAACCCAAACAAACACCCACCUCUACACCCUCCUCAUCGACAUGCUCUACAAAAACAACAUCCGCCACCACAACUCGACCGCCCUCUUCUGGGGCGCGCGAACCGGCCAGCUCCCCACCGUAAAACGCAUGCUCGCCCUGGGGGCGGAUAUCGAGGCGACGCAGAACCACUGCACGCCGCUCGAGGCGGCGUCGUGCUCGGGAAGAGAGGAGAUGGUGCGGUAUUUAUUGUCUCGGGGCGCGAAUUAUGGGUUUUGGAGGUGUAGGCCGUGGACGCCGCUGUGCGCUGCGGCCGUUGAGGGGCAUGCGGGGGUUGUGCGGAUACUGCUGGAUCGCACUCUCCCGCCUGUAAAGGACCAAUGCGAAGAUGGGUCGGGCAAUCGGUUCAUCUGCCGGAAUAAGCAGGACACGCUCGUGAAAGCAAUGUUCCUAAAGGAUCCCUCGACGGGCCAGGAUCCGCGGAUCGAGUACUCGAUCGCGCUGUUCAUGGCGAUAGCCAGUUCCGAGGAUGAAGUCUGCAAGGUGUUGAUUGAGAGCGGGAAAGCGAAUCUCGAUUACAAGGAUGGCGGGCAGCGGACGGCGCUCGAGUGGGCGUAUACGCAUCGCCGGUUCCAGACGAUGCAGAUCUUGCUAAAACACGGCUCCGAUCCGAACGUCGCGGGGCGCCAGAACCAGACGAUCCUGCACGAUGCCGCGUACGCGGGGUGUAUCGAGGUCGUCCGCAUGCUCGUCCGGAAUCCGACGACGGACGUGAAUCUCAAAGACCUGGAGGGGUUUACCCCGUUGCAUGCAGCCGUUCGCGCGGGGCGGCUCGAGGUCCUGAAACUCUUGCUUGCGCGCAGCGACGUCGAUGUGAACGUUCGGGACGGGUCGGGCCAUUCAGCGCUCGUGCGCGCGAUUCGGGAUCUGAAGCUAAAGAUUGUGCGGGUACUCGUGCGGCAUCCGGGGAUUGACCUCGAGGCCAAGGAUACCCAGGGGAUGACGCCGCUGUUUGCUGCUGCGAGGUACGAUUAUCUCGAUUUGGUGGAUUUGCUCUUGGAUGCUGGGGCGCGCAUCGAUGCACGGGCGGAUAAUGAUGGGCCCACGGACACGUUCGCGUACACGCCGCUCAUGCAGGCUGUCGAGUGCAAUAGGAUGAAAGUCGUCUUGCGACUCGUCCUCGAUCGAAGGGAGGAACUUCAUACGAAGAAUGCCCUUGGCUGGACGCCGCUCUUCUUCGCUGCCGUAAAGAGCGAAUGGCAAAUGACCAAGCUCCUGCUGUAUCUCGGCGCCGACCCUCUGGUCCGCGACACGGAAGGAAACACGGCCCUCCUCUGCAUGAUCAAACGCACGCGGUACCAAGCCACAGGCAGCAAGGAAGACCGCACAAUCCGCCUCCUCCUCGAACAUGGAGUGGACCCCAACGUCCAGGACAAACACGGGCGCACCGCGCUCUCCUACGCUGUCGAAUACCGCAACGACCGCGCGAUCGCGACGCUCCUGGAUUUUCAAAAGGCGGAUGGGGUCACGACGGAUUCGUGGGGGCAUCCGAUCAAGUUGUGGGCGCGGUCGAAGACGGAGGAGGAGUUUAAGCAGUUGGGGCAGAGGGCUUCGAUUCCGAGUGCGUGGUUGUUGGGGCAUGGGAUUGAUAUUGGGUUGCCCGGGGCUGAGGGUACUGGGUUGGGGUGCGAAGAGGGGGAUUCCAAUUCGGGGAGGGAACAGGCGAGUCGGACGGUGAGUAGUUCGGUGCCGGUUGUGCAGUAUUCAAUUUGACGACUGCGGAUGGGGUAAUAGUGUAAUAUGAAUGUAAUCCGGAGUAUUCAAAUUUAUCAUCUUGCUCCAGGGCAGUCCAUCCAGUAAGGGCGGCUAUACACAUAUGGAGGCGAGUCCCUCCACUAGGCGUGUACUAACCGACAGUCACGGUCCAAAGUUCGUAAAUAAGAAAUCAAUUCCGCCUUUAGAAUGUCCGUGAGGAAUGGUGCUUGCUAGGGCAAGGUUACCACAGCUCCAAGCGUCAAGGCUAUCCCCGCAUAGGCAAUUGAAUCGUCUAGAAUACGCUCAUUAACUGGCCGUAUGUGAGCAAGUUAGAGCAGCACACCCUUCUAUUGUCCUUAGUAGCUUAACAAGAAUAGUAAUCACGGGCCCUUUCCGCCAAUGUUUGUAUGGAAAUAAGAAGUGGCCGUUAGAAGCGGAGCUGCAUACAAUAAUUUCCAUCUGUACCUGCAUAUGUUAUAGGGUCUUAUUUCAAGUAUUUGAAACGGUCAAUCAAUAAGAGAGCUUUGUCU